UCUGGAUACCCCGAUAGGCACUACUUGAAAAUAUGAAGGCUAUACUGUGUGUACUUCUGGUGGCCGCCGUCUCCGUUUACGGCGCUGAAGAGAAAAAGAAUGAGAAACGAGGUCUUCUGGGACUCGGCUAUGGAGGCGGCCUUUAUGGAGGACACGGAUUGGGCCUGUACGGUGGCCACGGUCUGAGCAUCGCCUCAGCCCCCAUCGUCAGCCAUAGUGUCGCCAUUCCCGCCCCCGUGAUCAGCCAUAGCAUCGCAUCUGCACCUAUCCUGGACCAUGGCCUCAUCGGUGGUCACGGUCUCAUCGGUGGUCAUGGCCUCAUCGGUGGUCAUGGACUCAUCGGUGGCUACGGAGGACAUGGCUUGGUCGGAGCGCCUCUGCUAGGCCUCGGUCAUGGCUGGCAUUGAAACUUUCUGCAAUAUUUGCAAUUAUAAUCUUAUUCUGUAGAUUAUAUUUCAUAAAGGCAAAAAACUGUCAUUGUAAUUGAGCCCACCACCACGCGCGGCUCCCUCUGUGCCAAAUUAGCUCCUUCAGGUUUACAUGUACAAUUAAGUUGA